AUGCUGGGUCUGUGCCUUUACGUUCACGUGUCCAACUCGGACCCAGUGGAAGUGGAAUAUUUUGAAUCUAACGGACUACCGUCGGAGCUGAAGUCGCUGUUCAACAAACUCAGCGUGUUCCUGCCCUCCCAGGAGUUCUCUACCUACCAAAAGUGGAGAAAGAAAACUCUAAAAAGUGAAGAAAAAGAUGCAGAUGGGCAGCUGGACUUUGAGGAGUUCGUUCACUACCUGCAGGACUAUGAGAAAGACAUGAAGCUGGUGGUGAAGAGUCUCGACAGGAAGAACGCCGGUCACAUCGACGCCAAAGAGUUGAUGCAGUCCCUUCGUGACCUUGGCGUCCAUAUUUCCCUGCAGCAUGCAGAGACUGUCUUGAAGAGUAUGGAUAAGAAUGGGAUGAUAACGAUUGGCAGCAAAGACUGGAGUAAAUACCCAAUGGUGGAGAAAAUUGACAACAUUCCUGAGAUCAUCCUUUACUGGAAACACUCCACGAUAUUUGAUGUGGGUGAGAACCUGAUGGUGCCUGACGAGUUCACCAUGGAGGAGAAGCAGACUGGAAUGUGGUGGAGGCACCUGGUCGCAGGUGGAGGAGCCGGAGCCAUUUCCAGAACCUGCACCGCCCCACUGGACCGUCUCAAAGUCAUGAUGCAGGUUUACGGAUCUCGAACCAACAACAUGUGCAUCAUGAGCGGGCUCAUGCAGAUGAUCAAGGAGGGCGGCACCAGGUCGCUGUGGCGGGGGAACGGGGUGAACAUCAUCAAAAUCGCUCCUGAAUCGGCCCUGAAGUUCAUGGCCUAUGAGCAGAUUAAGCGUCUAAUCGGCAGCGACAAGGAGACUCUGAGCAUCCUGGAGAGAUUUGUGGCAGGUUCUUUAGCCGGAGUAAUUGCCCAGAGCACCAUCUACCCCAUGGAGGUUCUGAAAACCCGUCUUGCUCUGAGGACAACCGGCCAGUAUUCCGGGAUCUCGGACUGCGCCAAGCAGAUUUUCAGGAAAGAAGGUCUCGGGGCGUUUUAUAAGGGUUACAUCCCGAACAUGCUGGGCAUCAUCCCGUACGCCGGCAUCGAUCUGGCCGUGUAUGAGACGCUGAAGAACAAUUACCUGCAGCAGUACGGCACCAACAGUACAGACCCCGGCGUUCUGGUUCUGCUGGCCUGCGGCACGGUGUCCAGCACCUGCGGUCAGCUAGCCAGCUACCCUCUGGCGCUGGUCCGAACCCGCAUGCAGGCACAAGCUGUGACGGAGGGUAACCACCAGCAGAUGUCCAUGACGGGCGUCUUCAGGCAGAUCCUGCAGAAUGAAGGCCCCGCCGGGCUCUACAGAGGCCUGGCCCCCAACUUCCUGAAGGUCAUCCCAGCCGUCAGCAUCAGCUACGUCGUCUACGAACACCUCAAGACUCAGCUGGGGGUGACGUCGCGCUGA